GUCGUUUGCUACAUGGAAUGGUAGGCUAGCAAUCAAGCACGUUUCAAACGUAAUGGCUUGAUUCUUGAACAGGAGGCUAAGGUCAAUAAUUUGUAAAUCCAGGCAGGAUACCGAGAUACGGCAAAGGCUAUCAAGGCAAGGACAUACAGUAAGCGGAUAGCUUCACAACAAAUCAUGCUGAAAAUUCUGCUGUUACCAUCAGGACGGUCUACAACAACACCAAAGAUAUGGACACUUUAAUUGAAACGUCAGUGACGCACCCUUAAACAGAUCACAAAAAACUGAAAAUAAAAAGCUUUUAUGUAAAGGCAACGAUUUUAUUUUAUGGAACGAAACACAAUCGCAACCAUCAAAGUAGCGAAUCCACUUGGGUAAUAUCCAAGAUCAUUCCACGACCAUAUUCAGACAUGGUGCAUUCAAGAAAGCUGUUGAAGUUGGCUUCCCGGAAAGAGGAAAGUGCUUAAGUCGGGUUCUUCACAUGUCUCUGACGUUUUCUUUGCUGCGGAAUCCUUGGCACUCUGGCACUGCAAAUCCUGCUACAAUGCCUCCACAACCUCUCGGCUACAUCGGCAGACAGUGGAAGGAACUCUCCGCACUGGACGUGUCUUUUGAAGUCACGAUCGGGUCAGAGGGUAAAGGUUAUUCACCCAGCAUCCUCGGCAGUGGAAUACACAGCCAUCUUGGAUCUGCGAGGAGAAGAGAAAUUAAUGCGGUGACAUACAGCAUGUUUAGUGCUACGAGAAAGAAGUUUGUAGAAGGGGUGGACAGCGAUUUCCCCGAUGACAGCAUGUACUAUCCACAACCUUCCAUGUUCCCCCAUCGAUCAGACAAAGAUAUGCUGGCAUCUCCAUCGCCGUCGUCGUCAGGCCAGUUGUCCCAGCUGGGUGCUAGUUUAUAUGGGCCACAGAGUGCGCUGGGCUUCCCCAUGCGGGGCAUGAGCAACAACAACCCUCAGCUGAGCCGCAGUCUGACGCAGGGGUCCCAGCUGCCCAGCCACGUCACCCCGACAACGGGCGUCCCCACCAUGUCCCUGCACACCCCGCCCUCGCCCAGCAGGGCGAUCCUGCCCAUGAACACGAGGAACAUGAUGAACCACUCCCAGGUGGGGCAGAGCAUCGGCAUGGGCGGCAGGACCAACAGCAUGGGCAGCCCCAACCGGAGCUCGCCCAGCAUCAUAUGCAUGCCAAAGCAGCAGCCCUCCCGGCAGCCCUUCACCAUCAACAGUAUGUCUGGGUUUGGAAUGAACAGGAAUCAGGCAUUUGGGAUGAACAACUCGUUAUCGAGCAACAUCUUCAACGGAACAGACGGGAGUGAAAACGUGACCGGGCUGGACCUCUCGGACUUCCCGGCGCUCGCCGACAGGAGUCGAAGGGAAGGAAGUGGCAACCCAACGCCGUUACUCAACCCGCUGGCUGGGAGGGCUCCGUACGUUGGGAUGGUCACAAAGCCAUCGAACGAGCAGUCCCAAGACUUCUCCAUCCACAACGAGGACUUCCCAGCUUUGCCAGGGCCCAACUACAAGGACCCCACGUCGAGUAACGACGACAGCAAAUCGAAUUUAAACUCGUCGGGCAAGAGUGCGUCGAGCACGGACGGGCCCAAGUUCCCGGGGGACAAGGGCUCGACCGCGCAGAACAACAACCAGCAGAAGAAAGGGAUCCAGGUGUUACCGGACGGGCGGGUGACGAACAUUCCCUCCGGGAUGGUAACGGACCAGUUCGGGAUGAUCGGGUUGCUAACCUUCAUCCGGGCGGCGGAGACGGACCCGGGGAUGGUGCACCUGGCGCUCGGCAGCGACUUGACGACACUAGGACUCAACCUCAACUCUCCAGAAAAUCUGUACCCCAAAUUUGCCUCCCCCUGGGCAUCAGCGCCCUGCCGACCUCAAGACAUCGACUUUCAUGUGCCGUCUGAGUAUUUAACCAACAUUCACAUAAGGGACAAGCUGGCUGCAAUAAAACUCUCUCGAUACGGAGAAGACCUGCUGUUCUACCUGUACUACAUGAACGGGGGAGACCUCUUACAGCUCCUGGCAGCGGUAGAGCUCUUUAACCGCGACUGGAGGUACCACAAGGAGGAGCGAGUGUGGAUCACGCGGGCCCCGGGCAUGGAGCCCACAUUAAAGACCAACACCUACGAGCGGGGAACGUACUACUUCUUCGACUGUCUUAACUGGAGGAAGGUAGCUAAGGAGUUUCACCUGGAAUACGACAAGCUAGAAGAGCGGCCUCACGUGCCGUCGACCUUCAACUACAACCCAGCUCAGCAAGCCUUCUGAGAGACUUCCCUGUUCACGGGGUAUGGCUGCCUCGGCGCGUCACUUCCUCCUCCAGCGGGCGGCGGCGUGACUCGGGCAAUCCUGGUUUUUAUUCCUUGAGGAUCUGGCAGAUUGAAUUCGGCAGAAGGGUCACCGUUUCCGGGGAGUCCUGCCUUACAAAUUUUGUGCGGCCCAAACAAACACCAACAACGCUUGUUCCUUUUUUUUUAUUUUUUAUUUUUUUAUUCCUCGUUUCGUUUUUUUUUUUUCCCCGUCAUUCUUCGUUUGAGCAACGUCUGAGUUUUACGUUUACGGCUCUAAGGAUGCCCAUUUUGCUCAAGGGCAGGAUGGCUGUCGUUCAAACACACACAACCAUAAACAAAAGGUUCACGAUUGAUCUUUCCAAGUAGAAAAAAAACCCUGAGAAAUUUAAAUAAAUAAACAAAUAAAUAAAUACAAGGCACCAAGAAUCACUAACAGUUUAGUAGCAUAAACACAAACAAAAUAAGGGCAAUAGAAAUGAUGCCAUGUUCGUUAUAGCACUGUUUGGUUAUCAAAUAACACAAAGAAAGUUUGUGCGUUUAUGUCCCUGUUAGGACUCAUUCUCAUAUGGUUUGGGAAAAUACGCGGCCUGUCAUUUUUUUUCUCCUCCUUUCUCCCGAACGUCCUUCUCCUUCUCCAUCUCCUUCCUGCCCAACCCCGUCUUGUACACGCACACACACACACACACAGAUUCACACUUACACACCCAAACCCACACUCACCUCUGUCUUGAUGGCAUUACUGCCUAGCUUCAAUAAAACCGAAUCGGAGACUGUUUUAGUGAACGUCAUCGGUGCGAGCCCACGGGAUGAUCUCCAGGGUUUGGGCGAUCUGCUGAGCUUCAUCGUUCCAGAACGAGCGAAAACACUGUCCAGUCUUUGUUACGAUUUUGUAAUAAACGUGUACAUUUUUUUAAUUUUUUGGACAUCACAUGAAUAAAGAUAUGUAUGUACGAAUGUGUAUAUAUUAUAUAUAUAUGACAUCUAUUUUGGGAAAAAAAAAAAAAAAAGCAUUGCCCUGCCCCACCUCGUUUUUAGGAGGUGAGCUCGGACGCAAUACGUGGAUUUAAACGGGACAUUUCUGGAGCUGCUGGGCGGGGAACACGGUUGAGCCCUGUGCACUUUUACAAUUGAAUGGCAACACCGACUAAAAAAGACGACAACGACGACAAAACAGAAGGGCCAGAUUUUCAGCGAACCAAGGACACCCAUACCCAAGUUGAACAAGUUGGGAUUCUAAGGAAGAGGACUUGAGGCAUUUCAGUCUGGCUGUUUUAAACGGCAGCAUUUCAUAGGAAAAGGAAAACCCAAUAAAAAAAAAAAAAAGAAAAAAAUUGAAAAAGAUCAAUCUUGUAUUUUCUGACCACGUUCAAGCUUCUUCUCUUUGUAAUAAAGUAGAAAAGGCUCUCCUGAA